CAUACAGCUGGGACUGAACUUUGUCCUCCUUCCAGAUAGAAAAACAACAGGAGGAGUAUAAAAGGGGGGAGCAGUGGAGUAAGAGACUUGUUUUUGUUCACAGAGUUGCAGCGACACAGAGCUGAGCAGAAAGAAGGAAACUUUUUAAACAAAGGGAGAUUGGGGCAGUGAGAAGGCACAGCAAGGAUGUGGGCGUGCCUCAGCCUGCUCAUCACUCUCUGCCUGCUCCACGGGGGCGGGGCAGAGAGUGACGGGGGUGGGUCCCGCUGUCAGCUGCCGCCAGCCUGGAAGAUAGGGGAGGUGGAGCCAAUGAAGGGGGCGAUGGGCCAGGUGACGGUGGUGGCACUUUUCCAGGCCAGCUGAUUGUUCUGCUUGGUGCAGGCUUCCAGAAUGGAUGGCCUGCGCCAAAAGCUGGAGAGUCAGGGUCUGAAGGAUGUGGUCUACAUGGUUGUUAACCACCAGGGGGCGCAAGCACAGCACCUGCACACCAUGCUGGCACAGAGACUGUCAGAGAACAUCACACUCUACAAACAGGACGAGCAACAGCCUGAUGUCUGGCAGACACUGAGCGGAGAGAAAGAUGAUUUUCUCAUUUAUGACAGGUUUGUUACCUGUGUGGCCGUCUCACCCAUCACAUUUCACUUCCAUACUCAAUCAUCGGACAAGGCCAUGUUGAAGAGGAAGACACCGGACGUGGUCACCAUCAUGAUCACGGGCGUGGUCACCAUCAUGGACAUCACCAUGGUCAUGGCCACCAUGGGGAUAAUCAUGAUUUUCACCCCCGUGGCGUUGGUCAAGGCAGUGAUCACAACCAUGGUCAUCACCAUGGAAAUCAUGAUGACGCUGUCCAUGGCAGUGACCGUAGACAAAGUGGUGGAGUAUCUCAAAGCCAACUUCAUUUAG